AUGAAUGCUCCCAUGCAGCAGCCCAAUUAUCGUGGCUAUCCACAACAGGCCACUUACCGAUCUCCAGCCACGCCACGCAGACACGGUCCUGUCCCUGAGAUUUCUGACCUGAACCCAGUAGGUAUGCCAAUGCCGCAACACCCACCGCAGGCAAUGCCAAACCAGCAGAUGCUCGGCCAGCGACAUGCGUCGAACCCAGUUGAAGCUGCCGUAAGGCGCAGUCGAAAGCCGACGGAUAAGAAUCUACCAGAUAAUGUGGAAGAUAUUGUGAUUGGGGAUGUUGCGCAACAUUAUAAGCGACUUCGGGAGGUUGAGAAACGGCUGGACGCGUCUAUGGUUCGGAAGAGACUGGACAUCUACGAUUCCAUAAAUAAAAAUGCGAAGAGGUACAGGACAAUGAGAAUAUGGAUAUCCAACACGGUCGAGAGUCAACCAUGGCAACAACAGGAUUCCUCUAAUUCAGAGGGAGCGAUAGGUACGAAGCUAGGUGCCGGACGAUACAGAGUUAAAAUCGAAGGGCGACUGCUCGACGAGGCCGAUCCAACUGCACCAGAUGAGAGUGACGAAGAAGGAGAAACUGAAAACCAAGGGGGUGAGCCUGGCGCAAUGGAGGAGGACACACCAAGCGCAAAGUCCAGCAAACCAAUACCGCAGCGAAAAAGACUAUCUCAAUUUUUCAAGUCGAUAACUAUCGACUUUGAUAAGCCGACCGAGAAUGGGGUCGCAGAUUUGGCCACAAUAACCUGGAAUAAACCUGAUGUACCAGUCAAUGCUGCGACGAUGCCGCCUAGUGCUGAUUUCGAUACCCUUGAAUUUUCCCGGGCAGCAGAAGUUAACCUGAACGUGACCAUUAACCUCGUUAGAGAUGAGACACCUGAACGAUUUCAGCUGAGUAGAGAGCUCGCCGCCAUUCUUGACGUAGAAAAUGAUACACGCGCUGGAAUCGUGGCCGGAAUAUGGGAAUAUGUUAAGGCAAUGGGCCUACAAGAAAAUGAGGAAAAGCGCACGAUUCAAUGCGAUGACCGUUUGAGAGCUGUAAGUUGGAACUCUUCAAGGUAUUAUCUAUUCAAAUGUGAGAAACUAAUAAAGAUGUUUUCUUUUCAGAUCUUUGGCUGUGAGAAGAUGUAUUUCCCUGCCAUCCCUGAGAGCACCUCAACACACACUGCAACUCUUCAGCCGAUUAAGCUUCCGUACACCAUUCGCGUCGACCCAGAGUUCCAGAAGGACCCAAAGCCCACAGUCUACGAUAUCCGUGUCGCUAUCGACGACCCUUUACGCGCCAAACUUAUCUCUCUUACUAACUCCCCCGAUUUCCCCACAAUGCUCCGUCAUGUAUCCAGUCUUGACGAUCAGGUAGCGCUCGCCAUCCAGGCUCUGCACCACUCAAAGGCAAAACAUUCCUUCUACACUGCCAUGAGCAAGGAUCCAGCGAACUUCAUGAAACGGUGGAUAAACAGUCAGAAACGAGAUUUAGAGACCGUGCUUGGGGAAACACCACGACCUGGACAAGGUGAAAGAGGUAUGGAGUUUAGGCGUGGCGGUGAAGGCAGUGCAUGGGAUACGGCUGUUGCGAGAGAAUCCGUCAGAUAUAUGCUCGCAAAGCCGCCUCGCGCAACAAGGUAA